GGGACGGCUAUGGAGGCUUACGGUGUGCUGCUGCUGAUGGGCGUGAGCGGCUCGGGGAAGUAGAUCGACCGUGGGCACUCUGCUGGCAUCUGAGCUGGGAUGGAAAUUCUAUGAUGCAGAUGACUAUCACCCCGAGGAAAAUCGGAUGAAGAUGAGCAGAGGGAUCCCGCUGAAUGACCAGGACAGGAUUCCAUGGCUCUACAAAUUGCAUGGCAUUUUGCUAAGAGAGAUAGCCUCAGGGGAGCGUGUGGUUCUAGCUUGUUCAGCUCUGAAGAAAAUGUACAGAGACAUCUUAAUACGAGGCAAGGAUGGUACCCCUCGGAAACAUGACAAGUUGGGCAAGGAAGAAGAGCCACCUGAGGUGAAGCUCUUUGUGGUCCACCUGAGUGGGUCGUUUGAGGUCAUCUCUGGACGCUUACUCAAAAGAAAAGGACAUUUUAUGCCCCCUAAGCUACUUCAGUCCCAGUUCAAUACUCUGGAGCCCCCGUCAGCUCCAGAAAACUUCAUCCAAAUCAGUGUGGACAAAGAGCUUUCAGAGAUCAUCACUACCAUUAUGGAAGCUCUAAAAGUGCAGUGAGAAUCAUUCCACAUCAGUGCUCCAGAACAGAAUUAGGCUGAAAUCUCUGUCCCAUCCCAAACCUGGUCCCACAUAUCCUUGCCGAUACUGGAUUAUAAAUUCUUAAAGUGAACAAAUCAUAAUUCAUCUAGGUAUACUUGUUUGGGUAUAUUUUUAGGAAUUUGUGAUACCCUUGGCAUCAUGCUUUGGUGAAUGGGGGAGAGGGAGCUUUAAAAGUAAAGCUUACUUGAAGUUUAAAUACACCUGUGAUUCAUUCAGAGGAAAUUCUGUAACCAAUGCUGGAAAUCAGGGCCUUGUUUAGAAUGCUCUUGAUCAUGCCUGUAUUUGUACAAAUAAAUGUGAUUUUACUAUCGCUGGCAUACCCUAGAAAUUGGUCUCAGGAGCAGAAACACAUGGAAAAUCAACCCCUCACCAGCAAGUCAUUUCACACCACACACCUUUGUAUCCUCUCUGUCCUCGAACGUGGUUCAAAGCUGGGGUCCAGAAAGAUAGUAAUGAGGGAAGCAGCAGACACUUUCCAGCUCUUCAGAAAGCCUAAUGCAAAUUUACCAGCAGCAAUACCAACUUUCUUGCCUCUUGACUAAAACUACGUCAGCUUAGUGAGGUAACAUUGUCUGCUCACCAGCAGCUCUGAUUAGCAGUUGUGUGACUUAAACAUUGAAAAGGUAGAGCAGUCAACAAAAUCUUUUAUGAUAAUAAAAAGGAUCAUUUCUGGUAGAAUAAAAAUUGAAAAUAAUGAUUAGAGAGAAAAGUAGGAGAGCUGCCAAAAUAGUUCAUCUGAGCAGUUCCUACCUCAAAAUGUCUGCCUUUGCCGUGUCAGAGCUGGACGAGACAGACCUUAGUGACUGUCCCACAGUGUGCAGCAAAGCUGCUGCUGAUGCCCAAACCAAAAAGCCAAACCCUCGGCUGUUGAUUCCGGCUUGUGGCGGCCCCGUGUGUUACAGAGUAGAACUGCUCCACAGGGUUUUCUUGCCUGUAAUCUUUACAGAAGCAGAUCACCAGGCCUUUUGUCCGUGGUGCUUCUGGUGGGUCUGAACUGCCAACCUUUAGGUUAGUAGUCAUGUGCAAACCACUGCAGGUGCAGGAUUUCACCUCAGAGUGAUUUCAGGCGCUGCAGUGAGCCACUUCCAGGCAUGUGGUGGGAAAGUACCCCCAGCUGUGUUGGUUAAGCGCUCUUUCGGCUGCUAACCAAAAGGUCAGCAGCUGGAACCCACCAGCCGCUCCAUAGGAGAAAGAUGUGGCAGUCUGCUUCCCUAAAGAUUACAGCCUUGGAAACCAGCUGGGGCACUUCUGCUCUGUCCUCUAGGGUCAUUAUGAGUUGCUUUUCCCUGCUGUGUGGAGAACAUGUUUUGUGCUAGUUAGUGUGUCUUCAACCCCUCGACACUUGCUGAUGUCCCUGUUUAACAGAGCACAGGCCUUAGGCUCAGGGCCCUGACAGUCUCUGCAAUUUAAUCACUUCCUGCUGUUCUUGAUGUUUCAUUUUAGUUUCCUUCUAGGUAUGUCACAUGUCCAUUUUUCCAUUUAAAGUUUUCAAUUUAAAAUAGUGACAUAACAUUUUCUUUAGAAUAUAUAUUUAUGUUAAAGUGGGUCAUUUAAAGAUAGACAAAAAGUAGACAUGGCUCAUGGAGACACCAAAAUUGCACAGGUAAGUUGAGCAGAGGAAGCAUGGGCCUCACUGACCCACCCUAACCCAUCUCGCAGACAGGAACUAAGGUCCCAAGAGAGCUCCGUGAAGCCGGGCUAAUGCCAGAGCCCUCCUGACGGAAGAGACUGUAACAGCCAUCAGCAACUAACGCUGGCCAGGAAGGAACACUUAACCAUUGCGCCACCCAGGGAGCCCAUUCUGGGCCUUAGGCCUAGCUUUUCUGUGGGUGAUGA